AUGGGUCUUGGGGCCCGUGACCGUCAGAUUCAGCGUUGCCCACUCCGCGUCGCCGACGACCAGGACGAGCGGUUCCCCAACACGUGUGGCUUCUCCGGCGAAGGUCACUCAACUUUCUCCGGUGUCUGUCAGCCCCCAGCGCCUUUGCUCUUGCUCGGCAAGGCGAGCAGCAACGAUGGCCUCUUCAGUUGCCGCCGUCUACUCAGAGCGGACCUCCCGAGUCCCGAUAGCUCCGAGGGCCCGGCAGACGUACCACGGGUGUCAGCCAACUACAUCGAGUCGCCAGGCGUGUGCUUACCCCGGUGCACCUUGUACCAGCAUUACCUCGACCGCUGCCGCAGGAACUCGAAACCACCCAUGGGAGCUGCGGCAUUCGGCAAGCUCAUACGACAGAAGUUCCCGGCAGUUACCACCAGGAGGCUCGGAACGAGGGGGCAGUCGAGGUACCACUAUUACGGUAUAGGCCUGAAGCCGACGUCCUUCUACUACGAUCAGGCAUACUGCGGCAAGGACAUUACAAGGUUCUCGGGCCAGAAGGUCAAGUGCAUCGAGGGAGAGCAGAUCAAACAACCGGUGCCUUGCACAAGCCGCAAGAAAUGGGAGUUCAUUCCUGAUGUUCGAGAUUUGAGCCCUACAGAGACUGUCGAUUGGACAAGGGCGGAGGGCUUCCUGUCCAUGUACCGUGCGCACUGUUGCAGCCUUCUUGAUGCCGUCAUGAUAGCCGACUUCAAGGCAGUGCAGGGUAUGGUACUCCACUUCUGGAGCAGCCUGCAGGAAGGUUUCUUGUCGUUGCUUCACAGCGUCAUUGUGUGUGACGUUGUAUCUGUAUGGGACGACUACCUCUACGCGGCAAUGCAAGAGAUUCUGACUCCCACAGAGAUUCAGGAGAUGCCGCAAAGUUUUAAACAGGAACUCGGCCUCUUCACAAGUCAACUUCCCGGCUGGCUUUCGCAGUGUUAUUCCAGCUUCGCUAUUACUUCAGACAAAGAUCAGAGUCUCCAGGAGUGGACCAAGGUUUUCAAGCGACAGAUGUCAUUUACAAAGCUGGCGCAGUCAUGCCGGAGCGUGCUAUCUAACGCCUGCUACACACAAAACAUGUUGGACGACUUGAGCAAGCUUGUAAUGGAUGAAACCGUCGAAGAAGCCUUCGCCUGCCUUCAGAAUGGCAGAACGGCAUCUGCAAUGGGAGUUGCCGAAUUGCUCUCACUGUUGAAGAAGCACGCCUCGGUUGAAGACUUGACUGAAUGGAUGGACAUGGCUCUCGACAACGCCGCCACCGUGAGAAGGAUACAUAGUGGCACGGCGCACAGUCGUAGCGUUGUAUACAAGGACUUCAUGCUUUCCUGGAUGCUGCUUUUCUCGGCCAUCAUGCGGCACUUGACCUUGUGCCGGGCACAGAGCUUCGGUCAUGUCCACAUGUUGCGCGUCAUGAUAGAGGAGUACAUGCUACUCGCCUUCGAGACGUCCGUUGGCAAGAAGCCAGGCACCGAAAGGCGAGAGAAACUGCUAGCGUGCGCCACAGAUCCAGUACUACCGGAGCGUCCAUUUUCUCCGAAGGAGAAGACGCUGGACAUAUCGGGAAUCCUGUGGCACUUCGGAAGUUGA